CCGUUGGCGGCUGCUAGCAAAGUAGAGAUUGUAAUUUUGUUGACCAAUCCAUUGCAGUACCAAAGAGAAUAUACUUGCGUGAGCGCAAGCGGGCGCUCGCGUUGCGGAACGCAGGGUUGGGGUAGCAGUUCUCGCCACAAUGAGUAACAGCCAUGAAAUCUUAGAGACAAAGAAGUCUUCUGACGAAUCGGAUGUUCUGUCCAUUACAGGAGCUUUCAGGAGUAUGUUGAAAUCGCUGUCUUCAUCAGGAGAUGAACAGCAGACUUUGCAUGCAGACUAUGAUGAGUCUGAAGAAUAUAAGUUUGAUCACAAACGCAGAGGGCUUGCCCUAGUCAUCAUCAAUGAAAAGUUCCGUGGACAUGCACCCCGAGAAGGCAGUCAGAUUGAUGCUAGCAGAUUAUCUGAUACAUUUAGCUUAUUGGGUUUUGAGGUGCGACUGGUCAAAGACUGCACCUUGGAAGAGUUAAGAUGCAUUUUAAAAGGAAUUGCUGAAGAGGAUCACACUGAUGCAGACUGCUUUGUGCUAGCUAUAUCAAGUCAUGGAGAUGAAAUCAUUCAGAAGCUUCCAAAAGAUAAGAAACAGGUUCGCCAAGACGUUGUGUUUUGCACAGAUUUCUUCAUGCAAACACGAGAUCUUGUGUUUGCAUUCUCAGAUAGCCAGUGUCCGACACUGACUGGAAAACCCCGUCUGUUCUUUAUACAGGCAUGCAGAGGAUCACAGCUAGACCCUGGUCAAGAUAUGGAGGUAUUUCAAUCCACUCUUGAUGAAGUUGAUGGUUUCCCGGAUGCCAAGGUCAUAGUGUCCCCAGCUCCUCUUUUCAAGGACUGUCUGAUCAUGUAUGCAACACCUCCAGGGUAUUUUGCAUUUCGUCGACCCAAGGAUGGUUCAUGGUUUAUCCAAGCCCUUUGCUCAGUCUUGGAAAAUUGUGAUGGGACCAAAACCAUCUUACAACUCUUGACGCGUGUGACACAAAAGGUGACCCAGGAAUUCAUGUCACGCACUCCCCUGAACUAUGAGACAGACUGCAAGAAACAGACACCAUGCCUUUAUUCCAUGCUGACCAAGGACUUAUUACUGAAAGCAGCUCAUCAAUCAGGACAGAUUUUAGUCUGGUCCUAGUUAAGGAAAUGAUCCUUGCUUUAGAACAGAACCCAAUUUUGAUUGCCUUUUUAGUAUAUUUUAGCCAUGCUUUUGUUCUGUGUUAUGAACAAAAACAUUUACUUAUUUAUAGUUGAGAGGAUAUUACAGAUAAUGUUAUAAAUCAACUGUGAAUGCAGUGGUUUUAUUGUAGUGUCUGUUGUGACUUUUUUAGAUGUAUUUACUGUGAUGGUCAGUAAAAUUCACAAGGGUAUAUAUGAUGGUGAAAUGUUGUAUGCUGUCUGCUUUUUAACUCAAAUCUAUGUAGGAGUUAAAAGAGAUGAGACUACGACAAUUUUCUAGAGUGAUCGAAGAAGAAGAAGAAGAAGAAGACAAUUUUCCAUAGUUUACAACUCAUAAAUAUCUUUAGGAAGAUUGAUUUGUUUAUCACUCCUUAGAAAUAGUGCAUUUGGAUUGUGGGGUGUAUAUGGUAGAUGACUAGCAGAAUCCUGGGCAGUGGUUCCUAUGUAUAGCAUGUCCAUGUGCACCAGCCUACUGCCAAAAUCUUCCCACCACUGGCUCUUCAUGCCACACCCUGGUAAUCUGUUUCAGCUGACAGACAUUAUCUGGGUGGGAGUCUUCCUAGAUUGAAGUCAAUUGCUAACAUUGUUUUUCAAUAUGAAUUCAAUGGUGACUGUGGGCGAGCCACGUCUUAGUUGUGAAUUACAGCAGUCAGCCAUCCCAGUGAAGGUGGAGUGAUGCCACUCAUGGAAAUUAAACAUCUUCCCAACAACUUGUAAGGAAGCCAUCAUAGUCACCGUUUUGAAGAAAGACAAAGACCCAAGAGGAAAAACCAACUUCUGGUCCAUCAGCCUACUCAUUUGCCUCGCAAAACCUCCAUUUCAUGAAUAAUAAACAUUUGGUGUGGUGUUGUGUUGCCACAGAAUAUCAGCAGUUAUUGCGCACAUUGCAUUUAUUGUUAUUUAUAUCAACCAUAAUUCGUCCUUGAGCAUUUUGUUAUUUUGCUCAUUAUCACAGUUCUUAAUGUUCAUCAUGUUUGCAUGACUUUUAUGGUUGCAAACUGCCUUUUUAAAACUGCCAGUAUUUGAGUAUUGUGGAAACCAAACUUUUGAUUUUCGAAAAAUGAAUUUAUAACAUGUUAGUGACAGAUCUGAAUAUAGGAAGAAAUUCUGGGGAUAUUGAAGAUGGCCAUUUACUUGAAAAUGUCAUAUGAAAGAGAGAAAGCACACAUAGCGGAUUGCCCUACUUAGCAGUGAUCUUGUUGAACUUGCUUGAGAAACAGAUAUAGUAGCACAGUUUGAAAAAGCAAAGGAGAGGAAGGAGAAAACGAGAAGACAGCCAGCUACUGGAGCUAUUUACAAAAAAAGGUGAUUCUCAAGAGCAGUUUUGGAAAGCUUUGAAGGGAGCUAUUGUGUGAAGGAAGAUGUUCAAGGACGAAUUAAUGUUUUGAAAUGUAAACAUUUGGAUUUUGUUCCUUGAUAGGAAUGUUUAAUGUGUUCAGUUUAAGGAAAAUGUAUUUGUUUUUUGUUUUUGUUUUUUGUGUGUGUUAUUUUGAUCUGGUCUACAACUUUACAUUAUUUAUAAAUACCAAGCACUUUAUACACUCUAUUUUACAAAACAAUGUCAGUAAAUAUCAUGUAAUUAACUUAAGGAAAUUUUGGCUAGGCAAUGUUGCUGAUCAUGCAAAGAUAAUUUACCUUUGAAUUUUGUGUUAAACAGUUAUUAUUUUCAUGUAAUGUUCCAGUGCAGGUAAUUCGAACUCACAGACAUGUGUUGAUGUGUACUUUAACUCUUUUGAUAUGUAUGCACAUGACAUUUUAUACAGACCAUGCUUUUUGAUUUAAUUUUGAAUAUGAAGUUUUGAAUUGUUUGCUUGUUCUUUGUAUAAUGCGUUCUUGGGUUGAUUGUUCCUACAGUGACUGGUUAUGGGUGCUUUACCAUCCUUAUGUUAGGCGUUUAUUGUAAUAAAGAGAGAAAGUUGU